AUGACCCGGUUUGGCUUUGCUAGAGGUUGGAUUUCUAUGGUGAUGCAAUGCGUGAGUACAGUGCAGUACUCCUUUUUUAUCAGAGGGCGGCCACGAGGAUAUGUUUCCCCUAGCAGGGGAUUAAGACAAGGUGAUCCAUUGUCACCUUAUCUUUUUCUUCUGGGAGCAGAAGGAUUUUUAGCUUUACUCCAGAAGAGUCUAGUUGCAGGUACUCUGCCAGGCAUUGCAGUUUGUCCUAAUGCACCCCCGAUAAAUCACUUGUUGUUUGCGGAUGAUAGUAUGCUCUAUGCUCGGGCUUCGUUGGAAGCAUGUAGUGUCAUUCAGGAAGUGUUGGAGACUUAUAGGAGAGCUUAUGGUCAGGUGGUUAAUUUUGCCAAGAGUUCGGUGGUGUUUAGCAAAAAUGUACCGGUUGAUAUACAGGAUGAUAUUUCUGGUGUAUUGCGUGUGGAGGUGGUGGAGUCUCAUGCCAAAUAUCUAGGUCUUCCCACUUAUGUAGGGUGUAAGAAAACAGCUACUUUUCAGUAUAUCAAGGAGAGAUUGUCAAAAAGCUUACUUCAUGGCACGUGUGCACGAUUUUGGUGGGGAAGCACGUUAGAUAAACGGAAAAUCCACUGGAAGAAUUGGAAUGCUUUGUGUAAUCCGAAGGAAGAUGGUGGGUUAGGCUUUCGAAGCCUAUCCAAUUUCAACUCUGCUAUGCUAGCCAAACAAGCUUGGAGGAUUGUGAAUCACCCUUCAACGCUUGUUGCUCGGAUUUAUAAAGCGAGAUAUUUUCCGGAUACUUCUUUCUGGGAGGUAACUUCUCAUGCUUCUCCCUCGUACUCGUGGAGAAGCAUUUUCUCAACUCGAGAUAUGCUGAAAGAUAGUUGCUACUGGCAGGUGGGCAAUGGAGAGAAUAUUGAUAUCUACUCAGAUCUUUGGGUAGUGGCUUUACCGCUUGGGAGGCCCAUACCUUCAGGAUUGGCUACAGUUGAGGUUAGUAAAGUUCACGAGUUGUUAAGUGGUACUGGUGGAUGGAACAUUCCUUUGUUACAAGAAAUUUUCACAGGGGAGGAAGCCACGGCAGUUGCUACAAUUCCAUUGAGUAGGAGAGCAGUCAUUGAUAGGCUUUGUUGGAAGCUUUCGAAGGAUGGAAAGUUCUCGGAAAGAAAUGAUCGGGUUUGGAAUCAAAAGAGGUGUGAGGCCAGGGAUGUGAGUUUGGGGAUUGUCUCUAGGCUGCAAGAAUUUACGGUUCACAAUUUGAAACCCUACCAACCUAAGGUUAAACGUGGAGCAGUGUGGAAAGCUCCUCCUGUGGGGGUGGUGAAGGUCAAUGUUGAUGGGGCAUUCCAUCACACUUCCAGGAAGGGUGGCUUGGGUUUUGUUUUCAGAAAUGAGAAUGGAAUAAUGCUGGGUGGUGGCUCCUGGCCCUUGAGCGGGUUGAAUUCCCCAAAACAUGUUGAAAUUUUGGCAUGCAAGGUUGCUUUAGAGUUUGCGGAGGUGCAUGGUUUUGGACCUGUUAUUUUAGAGACUGAUGCUUUAGAGGUUCAGUGUCAACUUUCUUUGCAUGACUCUGUCAAUUUAUCAGGGCUAGGUAGAAUAUAUGAUGACGUUGUGGCUCUCUUGGAGGCUCACAGUGUUAUCCAGGUGACUCAUGUGGGUAGGAAAGAAUUUUACAAGCUGCAAUUGCAGUUGACCUUUGUACUGUGUAAUCUUUUCUUCCUUUAA